AUGCCUAUCCGAAGCGAAUGGACCCUUGCGCGUGAAGGCGUGACUGGCGAUACUAUCGCCCGCUUGCUCAAACUUACCGUGCUCAACCCAGUCAUCACGCUCCCUCUCCUACUCGCCGCAAAAUACACGACGAGCGGUAACAUUCUCUCCGAACAGCAUGGCACGGCAUUCAAGUGCCUGAAGAAGCUGCUGGGACUUGGAUUGCUCAGUAGUAUCAACUCCUGGCUGAACGACGCGGUCACAAACAAUUGGACAAAUGAUGUGUACGUAUGGAGUCGCGAGGUGGUUGUUGUGACGGGGGGCAGUGAUGGUAUUGGCAAGAUUGUGGUGAGGUUGUUGGCCGAGAAGGGGAUUAAGGUUGCCGUGUUGGACGUGCAGGAAUUGACUUACGAAGCACCGCCGUCGGUCCACUUCUUCAAAUGCGAUCUUUCUUCGCCUUCCUCCAUCGCAAGCGCCGCAUCUUCUAUCCGCUCGUCCCUUGGAAAUCCCACUGUGCUAAUCAACAACGCCGGCGUCGCGCGCGGAAAAACCAUACUCGACACCACCGAAAAGGACAUCAACCUCACGUUCAAGGUCAACACCUUUGCUCACUACUACCUCGCGCAGGAAUUCUUGCCUUCCAUGGUAGAGAAAAACCACGGCAUGGUAGUCACGGUGGCUUCUCUAGCGGGAUACAUCACAGCCUCCUCACUAGUCGACUACGCUGCAUCCAAAUCCGCAGCAGUAUCUUUCCAUGAAGGCCUCGCCGCGGAGCUCAUCACGCACUAUAAAGCGCCCAAAGUGCGCACUGUGCUCAUGUGCCAGGGCUACACGCGCACCGCGCUAUUCGAAGGCUUCGGCGGCAGGGCUCUGUUCCCGGAGACGGUUGCCGAGGAAAUCGUCAAGGCGGUUCUGAGCGGGAAGUCGAAGCAUUUGACGUUGCCUGAGGCGGCGUGGGCUUUUGCGCCGAGGGUUAGAGGAUUCCCGCUUUGGAUGCAGUAUGGGAUGAGGAAGAGGAUGGAUCAUUUGAUGAGAGUGUGGAAAGGGAGACAGGUUGUGCAGCCGAGUGAGGUCGAGGGGGAGGGGGACAGUUUGGCGGAGGACAAGAAGGUUAGCGAUAGCACUGUCUUGGUCGAUGGUGAUUCGCAUUGA